AUGGUGCACUUGCAUAACCCCUUUGCGGGGCAUGUGCACAAUAUGAAUGGCCCAGAAGCAGAAGAGUCACUGGCACAGAACCUUGAGGCGCAAGGCGCCAAUGUACAGACAUUCAGCGAAGAUGCGAGUCCCGAGGACAAGGCACGCCAGGCGGCGCAGGCAUUCGACGAAAUCAAGCCAAGAGGCGAGCUGGCUGAGGCUGUAGAAGAACGCAAGAAAGAAAAAAAGGUCAAGGUCGUCCAGUCCAUUCCCUCGGAUCUGGGCGGUGUUCGCGUGCGCCCGAAUGUGUCACUGCGCGAUGUCGACACUGCGUCGCGUGCACGCGGUCAGCUGGGCGACGGCCAGCUUGUCCCUGGUGCGCUCCCUGCAGGCCAGCCCUCGAUGGAUAUCCCCGACUGGUUCACUGUAGGCUGGAUCGAUGCGUCGCGCACGCUGUUGGGCCUUACACCCGACCAGCUAGAGCUCACAGAGCAGCGCAUGCGCGACACAGACUUGGUCAGUUCCUUCUUGACAGAUGCAUACUAUGGCUAUGUGUGGUUUGAUGGCGCUGCUAUUGUAUCUUCGGUGUUGGCUACCUAUUAUGCUACGCGCUUUGGCGGCGGUCUUGCCUAUGUUUGCAUUGUUUUGGCCAUCUGCGGCACGUACUACUGCACGAGCCAUCGAAGGACACGGCAGCGCAUUCGCGACGAUGUAGCGCGCGAGCUUUCACGGCAGCGCAUGGUGUCUGAAAACGAGACUGCGCGCUGGAUCAACCAUUUUUUGUCGCGUUUCUGGCUUAUUUACGAGCCUGUGCUUGCCGCGACGAUUAUCCAGUCCGUCGACGCGGUGCUUAAAGACCAGUGCCCUCCCUUUUUGGACUCGCUGCGUCUCACGACAUUUACCCUGGGCACCAAAGCGCCGUCGAUUGACUAUGUGCGUACACUUUCAGACACGGACGACGACGUGAUUGUAAUGGACUGGAAAAUUAGCUUCACGCCCAACGACGUCCAGGAUCUGACGGUCCGCCAAGCGGCCAAAAAGAUCAACCCAAAAAUUGUGCUUACUGUGCGUCUUGGCAAAGGCAUUGUUGGUGCUGGCCUGCCGAUUUUGCUGGAAAACAUGAGCUUUGUCGGCUCUUUGCGCAUCCGCCUGAAGUUAAUCAGCAACUUUCCCCACGUCCAAGUCGUCGAUAUGUCGUUUAUGGAGCCGCCCAGCUUUGACUACGAGCUUAAACCCAUCGGCGGCAGCACUCUCGGCCUGGACGUUGCUGCCCUGCCAGGUCUCUCCGGCUUUAUCCAAAACCAGGUGCACGCAAACCUCGGUCCGAUGAUGUACAAUCCCAACCAGUUUUCCCUGAAUCUCGAGGAGCUCAUGUCGGGCACGCCGCUCGACGCAGCGGUUGGUGUGUUGCAGGUCACGGUGUGGAGCGCGCGCGAUUUGGUCGGCGUGAAGUUUGCUGGCGGCGUUCCUGAUCCGUACGUCGCCUUGUCCCUGGACGACGGACCUGAGAUUGACAAGACGAGUGUAAAACAAUCGACGCCGCAUCCCACGUUUAAAGAGACCAAGUACAUUAUAUUGCGCAAGCUGGAAGGCCUGCUUGUUUUGACCACCUUUGACUAUAACGACAGGCGUCCAGAUACGCGACUCGGCGUGACCAAAGUCAACUUGCAAAUGCUCGAGGAAAAACCAGACUCUGGACAGCUCAACAAGGCGGUUAUGUACAAUGGCGCUGCUCACGGCUCCGUCCAAUUUUCCCUGCACUACUUCCCCGUGCUCAAACCCCAGACCGCAACCGAUGGAUCGCCCAAGCCGCUGCCCGAAACUAACGCGGGCAUUGUGCGUUUGACGCUGCACCAAGCGCGCGAUUUGGUCAGCAAGUCUGUCAUUCCCGGCGAGAUGGAGCCGCGCGCAAAGCUGCUUCUCAACGACAAGGUAAUCAAGGAGACGCCCGUGAUCAAAAGCACGCGCGAUCCCAUCUUUGAGAACGUCACCGAGUUUCUGGUCACCGACCGCGCUUCGAGCGUGCUUUCGGUGCAUAUUAUCGACGACCGCGAACUUGCCGGGAAGCCUGUCGUCGCGUCGAUCAGUGCGCGCAUUGAAGACCUCAUCUCUGCAAAGCUGCGCCAGCAGGACUGGUUCCCUGUGCCCGACACAAAACGCACAUGCAUUCGCCUUUCGAGCCAGUGGAAGCCAGUUGUUAUGGCCGGCAGUAUCAACGGCAGUAACAGCUACAGGCCACCCAUCGGCGCGCUCAAAGUGUGGAUCCGCGGCGCGCACGACGUGAAGAAUGUCGAGGCGCUCAGUGGCGGAAAAUCUGAUCCAUACGCCUUGCUCCGCGUGAAUAAUCUGCCCGUGAGCGGCACGGCGGUGAUCAUGAAUAAUCUUUCGCCUCUUUGGAACCAGGUGCUCUACGCGCCGGUUCAUUCCAGCGCCGAAAUUGUUCGACUCGAGGUGCUCGACUAUCAGAACAGCACUGCGGACCGCACCCUGGGCUAUUGCGACCUGGCCGUGUCGCAGUUUUGCGUGGAUGAUCUUACGGACCCAGUAUAUCGGUUCCACAGCAAUGGGCGCCACACGCGCAACGAGCCGCUGAAGCAGACCAACGGCACUGUAAAAGGCAUGGUGGACUUUGACGUGGAGUUCAAGCCUGCCAUGAAUGUUGCUGGCGCCAACUUUAUCGAGCAGAACAAGCGCAUGGUGCAGCAGGCAAAGAAGGCGGCGCAGAACGAGCCGGACGCACGAUCUGUCGGUGCUCUCGAAACGCCCGAUGCACAGCCUACACCCGACGUUGCGCCCGACGGCCACGUCGAGGCCGCGGCUGACGACAUGGAUCAAGUUGUGGCGGGCCAUGCCGUCGAGCACGAAGAGGAAGAGGACGGCGACGAGGCGCUGCAUCUUUCGCCCGAAGAACUGAAACAGUAUCAGUCUGGUGUCCUGGCCUUUAACCUCAUUUCCGGCACGAUUUCCAAGCAGCGCGCGCAGCUUGAAGUGGUGUUUGACGAUGCGUAUUGGCCAUCGUACAUCACGGAGCGCCGCAAGCAGACGUACAACUGGGACGAGGUUGGCGAGGUGGUUAUCCGAGAGCUCGAUGUAUCGCACGUAUGGUUCCGUCUGCGCACAGGCUCUUCGGACGACGACGUAUUUGCGGAGUACAUGUGCAGCACUAGAGAGCUGAUGGAGAAGGCGAUGGUCGAGCCGACAGAGCUCACACUCUUACCUUUGAACGGCGCAGCGCUUGACUUCAACUUAGGUAACCCUGUCGAAGACCUCGGCCGCCUGCAGAACCAGUCGACCGAGCGCCUGAAAUCUGUCGGCGGCUUGCCCAGCAAGCUGCGCACCGACGGCACGAAGGCAUUUACCGACGGCGCCAAGGCGCUGGGAAGCGGCGCAACGCAGCUCAGCGACAAUGCCCUUUCGCUCGCAAACCAGACCUUGCAUUACACGCAUCCCCUGCUCAACAAGAUUAAGGUAAGCUGCCGCUACAUUCCUAUGGACGUCCAUUUGGAGCCAGUCGAGAGCAUUGUGAACCAAGGCGCGCUUUCGAUCGAGCUGAUCAGGGCAGACCAUUUGCGCUCUGCGGACCGUGGCGGAAAGUCGGACCCCUACGUCCUGUUUGAAGACAAUGGCGUGGUCCUGGCCAAGUCCAAGACAGUGAAGAGAUCGCUGCACCCCGUGUUUAACGAGACGCUGCCUGAAGUCAAUAUCAAAUCGCGACUCACGCACGACUAUACGUUUAAUGUCCGCGAUUGGGAUCAGGUCGGCUCCUCCGAUCCGCUCGGCAUCGCGCACAUCAACCUGGCCGAGCUCGAGCCGUUCGUCGCGCAUGAACAGACAUAUCCGCUCGUCGGAAAAGGCUCCACAGAGAAGAGCACCAUCUCUGUCCGCCUCUCCUUCCGUCCGCAGUACGUCAACAACCGCACGCGAAAAAACACAGCGAUCCGCCGCAACAUUACGUCGGGCCUUAUCGGCGGAAUUGGCGGGAUCGGCAAAGGCGUCGCGCACGGCGGAAAAAGCGUCGGGCACGGCUUCUUUAGCGUGCUCACUGGCGGCAAGCAUCACAGCCACGAGAAUGAGCCGCAGGUGAUGGAAGCGCCGCAGCAAGACGGCUACGUACAAGGCUCCACCGAGCAGAAGGCCCCAGGCGCCCAGUCUUUUGUCUUGAACGACGAGGCAACAUCCAUGCGCGACUCUGCCUCCAUGUACCAGGGACGCUCCGAGGACGGCGAACCGCGUGUUCGCCAGCGCCGCUCCCGACUGCAAAAUCCGUUCAAGCGCGCCAAGGAGCCUGCGCAAGGGCCUGCGCUCCCUCCACAUCGUUCGUAG